AUGAACUGCAGCGUGCACCACACAGUGCUGCUCAGUUACGGAAUGGAGAAGAGGCUAGACCCAGUCACUCUGCAGCUCUUCUGGGACUUUGUCAAAGCAAAGGAGCAAUUGCUGAAGUCACCUUACUUUCCAGUGCUGUUUUCUUUUACAGCUUACAUGACUUUCUGUCUUCCUUACAUUGCACUGGACUUCUUAAGCACUAAAGUACCAGCCGUGAGAAAAUACAAAAUCCAGCCUCUGAGUUAUCCAACUCUGGGAAUGAUGGUACCUUGUAUGAUUCAAUGUAUCUAUCAUCACAUUGUCUUUAUCUUCCCAGUGACAGUUGCUCAUUGGUACUGGAGACCAGUGGAUUUACCAGUAAUGGCUCCAGAGCUGCCGCGGGUCCUGCUGGAUGUAACUGUUUGCCUGCUUCUCUUUGACUUCCAGUAUUUUCUGUGGCAUUUGCUUCAUCAUAAGGUGCCUUGGCUCUACAAGACUUUUCACAAGGUUCAUCAUAAGCAUGUGUCUACCUUUGCUCUUACCACACAGUACUCAAGUGUUUGGGAGUUACUUUCACUGGGAUUUUUUGCUGCCAUAAAUCCAGUGUUGCUGAACUGCCAUCCUUUGACAGAAAUGAUUUUCUUCCUUGUUAAUAUCUGGCUGUCAGUGGAGGAUCAUUCAGGCUAUGAACUUCCAUGGUCAACAAACAGACUGAUGCCAUUUGGCUUGUAUGGAGGAGCUCCGCAUCACGAUCUCCAUCACCUGAAGUUCAAAUGUAACUAUGCUCCUUACUUCACUCACUGGGACAGACUAUUUGGAACACUUGCUCAGGCACGUUCACAACAAUAACAGGGAAUUUGUCUGUUACCUAGCUAAUUUUGUACAGCUAAUAAAAGUAUUUUUUUCAGAGCCACAGAAAUAUAUAUAUAUAUAUAUAGUUACGGAAUAUAUAAGUACACCUCUACCUCGAUGUAACGU